UCUGGCUCCACAGCCAGAUACAUAAAACCACUGAGUCUGAUUUGAAACAAAACAAAGCCAAAAAUAAAACUUGCCCAAGAUGCCGAGUGAGAAGCUCCAGAGUAACGGUGAGACAGAGGAGCCUGUGCGAAAGGAAAGCAAGGCCGGGACCCAGAGCCCUCACUGCAAUUCCUUACGAAGAGCUGUGGCCACAGCAGUGACCUUUGAUGGAGACACCACCACUGAGAGACGGAAGAAGAGGAAGAAAGAGUCUCGUCCAGAAUCCAUCAUUGUUUAUCGGUCAGGGAAUGAAAACAAGGUGGAAGAGGAACAGGGAGAUGAGGACGGUGGAGAGAGAAGUUCAGAGGAAGGCUCCAAAUUCUUGGGACAAUCUUUGGGAGAUGGUUCUUGGGCGAUGCCUUUAGACAGCAGGUAUGUGACUUUAACUGGCACCAUCACACGAGGAAAGAAGAAAGGCCAGAUGGUGGACAUCCAUGUCACACUGACAGACAAAGAGCUGCAAGAGCUGGCAAAGUCAAAGGAACCUCCGAAAACAGAAACUCCUGAAGGGAAAAAUACUUGUGCAGUUGGUCUGGAUAAAGGCCCCCAUGUCUUUCUCUGGAGCCUUGCCUGUCUCCCGGUCAUCUUUGUCAUGUCCUUUGUGGUUUCUUUUUAUUAUGGGACCAUCACCUGGUACAAUGUCUUCCUGGUGUACAAUGAAGAGAGGACCUUUUGGCACAAGAUAACCUUUUGCCCCUUUCUAAUCAUCUUCUACCCUAUCAUAAUCAUGGCGGUGUCCUUCUCCUUGGGCCUCUACACUGCCCUGACUCAGAUCUCCUGGGCUUUUGGGGACUGGUGGCAUGCAGUGAGGGACAUGGAGAAAGGAUUCUGUGGCUGGCUCUGCAGCAAGAUGGGCUUGGAAGACUGUUCGCCUUACAGCAUUGUGGAGCUACUAGAUUCUGACAACAUCUCAGGUAGCCUGUCAGCUAAAGGAUCAGCUCAGGGGGAAGAAAUUUCAGCUGUCUAGCCUUUGCUUUAAGCGACACCUGACUGUCCAUGCUCCUAAGUAUUAUGCAUGUAACAACAUGGGUGCCAAGAAGCAUGCACAUAGCCUUAGGCAAUUAAACUCUGCAAACUAGUUCAACUAUGCAGGAAAACUGCACCUGGAGGGACAGUCCUUCCAGGAUAAUACCAUUUGCAAAUGGAGGGGUGACCAUAUGUCUAAAAAUCCCCCCUGCCGGUUGUCAAAAGUUACCUUUUUAUGGAAAGUAACUACUCCAGGAGAAGAAUUUUACCUUUGCUCUAUUGUUUACUUACAAGUAUCCAACAUAGUAUAAUACAGGCACUCUUUUAUUUCUCAAAGACUGAUUUGUACCAACCGAGGUGCCACUGAUGGACUACAUGUUUGGAUGAACAAAACAAAACAGUUUCCAUGCACAUAUUAAAAACAAUAUAAACAAAAAAGGCUAGGUGGAAAGUUGUUUUCUGGUGGGCUUAUUUGGUAUGUGUCGAGAUUGUUUACCUUUUCAUUUCAAGUUUCAAACCUUCAAGCCCAGCCCUUACCCAGAGGCAAAUAUGAGUCAGUCAAUAACAGCGUUUCCACUCAAUUCCAAUGAUUUUUAUAAAAUGGGCCUUCAGUUCUUAAGUGAACAAGAAGCAUCAAGCUGCUGACUAAGAUUCUCCUGUUCCUUGUAAAAUAAACAUGCAGGGUUGACUUGUCAUUCUGCUGGCCUGAUCAUUGUUUCUGGUCAGGUUUUAUUACAGCACAUUAUUUCAUGACAAAGAUUCUGUUUGAUUGGGAUUCCUUUAUUGGGAGCAGAAUGGGAAAAUACAUCCUAAAUCAUCUUCCUUUUGCAAAAUAGAUCUUCCAGUGUGAGUAUGCUGAUGCAAUCUUCUAGUUCACUGGUUCUUAACCUUUGUUACUCAGAUGUUUUUGGACUGCAACUCCCAGAAGCC